AUGGAAUUUGAACCUAAAAGUGAGGGCAGUUUGCCCAGUUAUGAGGGGUUAGACAAAAGCGCUGAAGUCCAAGUUCAACGAUUAGCUCAUGGUGUUAACCCUAUUCAUGAAGGUGCUCCUCAGCUAGAUCCGAAUUCUUCGGAUUUUUCGAGUAAGGCAUGGAUUCAAAAUAUGGCGAAUUUGAGUUCGGAGGAUCCUGAUCAUUUUAAGCCAUAUCAGGUCGGAUGUUGUUGGAAAGACCUUGCCGCUAGUGGUGCCUCGGCAGAUGUCGCUUAUCAGACUACUGUGGAAAAUUUACCAUGGAAGGUGCUUUUCUGGAUUUAUAGAAAAUUGAGGCCAACGAGGAAAUCUGACAUUUUCCAGAUUUUAAAACCCAUGGACGGUGCAUUAGAUCCUGGUGAAGUGUUGGUUGUCUUAGGUAGACCUGGUUCAGGGUGCACGACUUUAUUAAAAUCUAUUGCAUCUAAUACCCACGGUUUUAAUAUUGCAAAGGAUUCUACGAUUUCAUACAGUGGACUUUCUCCUAAGGAUAUUAAUAGGCAUUUUAGAGGUGAAGUGGUUUACAAUGCAGAGACAGAUAUUCAUCUACCGCAUCUAACAGUAUAUCAAACGUUACUCACUGUUUCGAGGUUAAAGACUCCACAGAAUAGAAUUAAAGGUGUGGAUAGAGAGACGUGGGCCAGGCACAUGACCGACGUUGUUAUGGCAACCUACGGGCUGUCACAUACGAAAAAUACCAAGGUCGGUGGUGAUCUAGUUAGAGGUGUUUCUGGUGGUGAAAGAAAGCGUGUCUCCAUCGCAGAAGUGACGAUCUGUGGAUCCAAGUUCCAAUGUUGGGAUAAUGCUACUAGAGGGUUGGAUGCGGCAACUGCUCUAGAAUUCAUCAAGGCAUUAAGGACGCAGGCGGAUAUUUUGGCAAGUACAGCAUGUAUUGCCAUUUACCAAUGUUCUCAAAAUGCAUACGACUUGUUCGAUAAGGUGUGUGUUUUGUACAGUGGUUACCAGAUCUUUUUUGGAUCUGCAGGAGAUGCUAAACGCUAUUUCGAGGAAAUGGGGUAUCAUUGUCCUAGUAGACAAACCACUGCGGAUUUCUUAACAUCAGUUACAAGUCCUGCGGAGAGAACUGUUAAUAAUGAAUAUAUUGAAAAGGGUAUACAUGUGCCUGAAACACCCGAAGAGAUGUCAGAUUAUUGGAGAAACUCUCAAGAGUAUAGAGAUUUGCAAGAACAAAUUCAAAACAGACUGGAUCAGAAUCACGAAGAGGGCCUAAGAGCCAUUAAGGAAUCCCAUAAUGCCGCGCAAUCAAAGAGGACCCGUCGAUCUUCACCUUAUACCGUUAGUUAUGGGAUGCAAAUUAAGUAUUUACUGAUUAGGAACAUGUGGAGAAUUAAAAACAGUUCAGGUAUUACUAUUUUCCAAGUGUUUGGUAAUUCUGUUAUGGCUCUUUUGUUAGGUUCCAUGUUUUACAAAGUUUUGAAGCCUUCAUCUACGGACACUUUCUAUUACAGAGGUGCAGCCAUGUUUUUUGCCAUUCUUUUCAAUGCCUUUUCAUCUCUACUGGAAAUUUUCUCACUGUAUGAAGCUAGACCAAUUACUGAGAAGCAUAGAACUUAUUCUCUUUACCGCCCAAGUGCAGAUGCAUUUGCAUCUGUCCUUUCUGAAAUUCCACCAAAGAUCGUAACUGCAAUUUGUUUCAAUGUCGCACUCUACUUCUUAGUGCAUUUUAGAGUGGAUGCUGGUAGAUUUUUCUUCUAUUUUCUCAUUAACAUUUUGGCCAUAUUUUCCAUGUCUCAUAUGUUUAGAUGUGUCGGUUCACUAACUAAAACUUUGACAGAAGCAAUGGUUCCGGCUUCUAUCUUACUUUUGGUGUUAUCCAUGUAUACCGGUUUUGCUAUUCCUAAGACAAAGAUGCUAGGUUGGUCUAAAUGGAUUUGGUACAUCAAUCCAUUGUCAUACCUUUUCGAAGCGCUAAUGGUUAACGAAUUUCACGAUCGUAACUUUAGUUGUACUUCAUUUAUUCCCAUGGGGCCAGGUUAUCAAUCUGUGUCAGGUACACAAAGGGUAUGUGCCGCUGUGGGGGCAGAACCUGGUCAAGAUUAUGUACUUGGUGAUAACUAUAUCAAACAGAGUUAUGGCUAUGAAAAUAAACAUAAGUGGCGUGCGUUUGGAGUUGGUAUGGCAUAUGUGAUUUUCUUUUUCUUUGUCUAUUUGUUCCUAUGUGAAGUUAAUCAAGGUGCUAAACAAAAUGGUGAAAUCCUAGUAUUUCCACAAUCAGUGGUUAGGAAGAUGCGUAAACAAAAGAAAAUCAGUGCCGGUAGUAACGAUUCCAGUGAUCCGGAAAAAACAAUUGGUGUCAAGGUUAACGAUUUAACCGAUACGACUUUGAUUAAGAAUUCCACGGACUCUUCAGCUGAACAAAAUCAAGAUAUUGGAUUGAAUAAAUCUGAGGCCAUUUUCCAUUGGAGAAAUGUAUGUUAUGAUGUGCAAAUCAAAAGCGAAACAAGGCGUAUAUUGGACAACAUUGAUGGUUGGGUUAAACCAGGUACGUUGACUGCCCUUAUGGGUGCUACUGGUGCUGGUAAAACUACGCUUCUUGAUUCCCUAGCACAAAGAGUUACUACAGGUGUUUUAACUGGUAGUAUUUUCGUCGAUGGUAAAUUGCGUGAUGAAUCUUUCGCAAGAUCUAUUGGUUAUUGUCAGCAACAAGAUCUGCACUUGACUACUGCAACCGUUAGAGAAUCUUUAUUGUUUUCAGCUAUGUUACGCCAACCUAAGAGUGUUCCUGCUUCUGAAAAGAGAAAGUAUGUGGAGGAAGUCAUUAACGUUCUUGAAAUGGAACCUUAUGCAGAUGCCAUUGUUGGUGUAGCUGGUGAGGGAUUGAACGUGGAACAGAGGAAAAGGUUGACCAUUGGUGUUGAGUUGGCGGCUAAACCUAAUCUUCUGCUUUUCCUCGAUGAACCUACAUCAGGUUUGGAUUCUCAAACGGCAUGGUCUAUCUGCCAACUGAUGAAGAAGUUAGCUAAUCGUGGACAGGCUAUCCUGUGUACAAUUCACCAGCCUUCUGCCAUGUUGAUUCAAGAAUUUGACAGAUUGUUAUUCUUACAAAAAGGUGGUCAAACUGUCUAUUUUGGUGAUUUGGGUAAAGACUGUAAAAGCAUGAUUCAUUAUUUUGAAAGCCAUGGUUCCCAUAAAUGUCCGUCUGACGGGAAUCCAGCGGAAUGGAUGCUUGAAAUAGUGGGUGCUGCACCUGGAACACAUGCGAAUCAAGAUUACUAUGAAGUCUGGAGAAAUUCUGAAGAGUAUCAAGAAGUGCAGAAAGAAUUGGAUCGCAUGGAAGACGAAUUGAAAGGUAUAGAUGGUGGAGAUGAACCAGAGAAGCAUAGGUCAUUUGCUACUGAUAUUUUUACACAAAUUAGACUCGUCAGUCAUCGUUUAUUACAGCAAUACUGGAGAAGUCCUUCUUACUUAUUCCCAAAGUUUUUAUUGACCGUCUUCAGUGAACUUUUCAUUGGUUUUACUCUUUUCAAGGCAGAUAGGUCAUUACAAGGUUUACAAAAUCAGAUGUUAUCGGUAUUCAUGUACACAGUUGUCUUCAACACUUUGUUACAGCAGUACCUACCACUUUAUGUGCAACAGAGAAAUCUAUAUGAAGCUAGAGAAAGACCUUCAAGAACUUUUUCAUGGUUUGCAUUCAUUGUUUCACAAAUUUUCAUAGAAGUGCCUUGGAAUAUCUUGGCUGGAACCGUUGCAUUUUUCUGUUAUUACUACCCCAUUGGAUUUUACCGUAAUGCAUCCGAGUCUCAUCAAUUGCAUGAAAGAGGAGCUCUGUUUUGGUUAUUCUCUACCGCAUACUACGUCUGGAUUGGAUCAAUGGGUCUGUUGGCUAAUUCCUUUAUCGAACACGAUGUGGCUGCCGCCAACUUGGCAAGUUUGUGUUACACUCUAGCUCUAUCCUUCUGUGGUGUUCUGGCUACACCAAAGGUUAUGCCUCGUUUCUGGAUUUUCAUGUACAGAGUUUCUCCGUUAACCUAUUUCAUUGAUGCGACUUUGGCGACUGGGAUUGCCAAUGUAGAUGUCAAAUGUGCAGAUUAUGAAUUCGCCAAAUUUACACCGCCAAAAGGGCAAAACUGUGGUGAUUACAUGAAGAACUUUAUUAAAUCAGCAGGUACUGGUUAUUUGAAAGAUUCCUCAGCCGUUGAUGAAUGUAAUUUUUGUCAAUUUUCCACCACUAACGCUUACUUGGAAUCUGUUACAUCCUCUUACUCUCGCAGGUGGAGAAACUAUGGUAUCUUUAUCUGCUUUAUCGCUUUUGAUUACAUCGCUGCUGUCUUCCUUUACUGGCUUGCUAGAGUGCCUAAGAAGAGCGGUAAAGUCUCGGGGAAGAAAUGA